UCCUCCUCCUCCUCCUCCUCCUCCUCCCGGGCGUCAUGGCCGCCUCGAAGCCCGUGGAGGUGCCGGGCGGCGGCGGCACCGCCGGGCUGUCCCGGUGGCAGCUGGCGCUGGUGCUGGGCACGCCCAUCCUGCUGGGAGCCGGUGCGAUCUAUCUGUGGGGGCGGCGGGCGGCGCGGCGCGGGAAGGGCGCUAGUGAGCGAAAGACCCCCGAGGGGCGGGCGAGCCCCGGGCCCGGCGGUGAGAGCGGCUCCGGGCAGCCCGACGGGCCCGGACACGAGGAGAUGAGUCCUCUUGGUAGAGCCCAAGCAGCCAAGAACAAAGGAAACAAAUACUUUAAAGCAGGAAAAUAUGAGUUAGCUAUUCAGUGUUAUACUGAGGCUAUCAGCCUCUGUCCUCCUGAGAAAAAUCUUGAUCUUUCUACCUUCUAUCAAAACAGAGCUGCUGCCUAUGAACAACUGCAAAAAUGGACAGAAGUGGCACAAGAUUGUACAAAGGCUGUUGAGCUUAACCCAAAAUAUGUCAAAGCUCUCUUCAGACGUGCAAAGGCCCAUGAGAAGCUAGACAAUAAGAAGGAAUGUUUAGAAGAUGUCACUGCAGUCUGCAUUUUAGAAGCCUUCCAAAACCAGCAAAGUAUGUUAUUAGCUGAUAAAGUUCUUAAACUCCUUGGAAAAGAAAAAGCCAAAGAGAAGUACAAGAAUCGGGAGCCUCUGAUGCCCUCACCACAGUUCAUUAAAUCCUACUUCAGUUCUUUCACAGAUGAUAUAAUUUCCCAACCUUUGCUUAAGGGUGAGAAAUCAGAUGAAGAUAAGGACAAGGAGGGAGAGGCUUCUGAAGUAAAAGAAAACUCUGGCUAUUUGAGAGCAAAACAAUAUAUGGAAGAAGAGAACUAUGACAAAAUUAUCAGUGAAAGCACAAAAGAAAUUGAAGCAAAGGGAAGAUACAUGGCAGAAGCUUUGCUUCUGAGAGCUACUUUCUACUUACUUAUUGGCAAUGCAAGUGCUGCCAAACCAGACCUAGAUCAGGUCAUCAGCAUGGAAGAUGCAAAUGUGAAGCUGAGAGCCAACGCUCUGAUCAAACGGGGCAGCAUGUACAUGCAGCAGCAGCAGCCUGUGCUGUCCACCCAGGACUUCAACAUGGCUGCUGACAUUGAUCCUCAGAAUGCUGAUGUUUACCACCAUCGAGGACAACUGAAAAUCCUGCUUGACCAAAUUGAGGAGGCUGUGGAAGACUUUGAUGAAUGUAUCCGAUUGCGACCCAAUUCUGCCUUGGCGCAAGCACAGAAGUGUUUCGCUCUGUAUCGCCAAGCUUAUACAGGAAGUAAUGCUUUAACUGUACAAGCAGCCAUGAAAGGCUUUGAAGAUGUCAUAAAAAAUUUUCCCAGGUGUGCUGAGGGCUAUGCACUCUAUGCUCAGGCACUAACUGAUCAACAGCAGUUUGGCAAGGCUGAUGAAAUGUAUGAUAAAUGCAUUGACCUUGAGCCAGACAAUGCCACUACAUAUGUUCAUAAAGGUUUACUUCAGCUCCAGUGGAAGCAAGAUUUAGACAAAGGAUUAGAACUCAUAAGCAAGGCCAUUGAAAUUGAUAACAAAUGUGAUUUUGCAUAUGAGACCAUGGGAACGAUUGAAGUUCAAAGAGGUAAUCUGGAUAAAGCCAUUGAAAUGUUCAACAAAGCUAUCAACCUGGCCAAAUCGGAAAUGGAGAUGGCACACCUGUACUCACUCUGUGAUGCUGCCUAUGCUCAGACAGAAGUCGCAAAGAAGUAUGGAUUGAAACCACCAACACUGUAAAGAAACAAGGAGGAAACGACCUUCCAAAGUGAAGUUGCCCACUUCAGCCAGCCCUAAAAAUGCUGUUGCAGAACAUGCUGAAUGGUGGAACUUAGUUUUUUCCCGUUCGUGGUGUUGUCAUUUGCUACAUCUGUUAAAUGUUUAGGUGUUGUGGGAGUGGUUGUUCAAGGAAGUAUGCAGUGCUGCAUCUUGUUCCUUCUGCAGCAGAAACCUUAGGGUGUGUUAAGGGAAAUAAAGUUGCAGGGGAACCAAAGGAACAUAUUUUGGCCAUGCAAAUAAAAACUUCACACUGGUUUAUUUUGGGUGAUUAUGUUGUGGGCGAUUUUUGCUUUAUCGAAUAAUAUUACAGCAUGUGGGGUUUUUUCCUGUUGAUUUUAAAGGUAAUACUAGUCAGUGCUGCAAAAUAGGUUUUAUAUCCAAUUAUUCCUUGAGGGUUGAUUUUAAUUUUGCAAAAAUUAAUUUUCAAACUUUAAUAAUAAAGGGGUUUUUUAAGUCAGUAGAUGUGGAGACGAUACCUGUAAAUAUAUGCAAGCAUGCACAAUCUGCCCUUAAAUCCCCUUCCACCCUCUGCAUAACUUACUUAGAAAUAGUCCUGUGGCAGCUAUUAGGGAAUUAAUUUGAUAGUCCUUAUUCUCACUCCAGAAAGCCCUAGAGUACUGCAUAGGAGAGCUAGGAAAAAGGUUGGCUGGGGAAGGAGGUCAGUAACACUGCUUCAGUGUAGACUUCACUGGAAGAAAGAAUGUAUUCCUGUGCAGCAGUCCUUACUUGAAUGUCAUGGGAAAUUGUUCUGGAGGGUUCAGAGGGACUUUCAAGAACAGAAAGCACUGCUGGGAGUCAAGCUCCAAAAGGUAAGGUCAUGCUUGCAUAUAAUCUUUGUAAUCUCUGAUGCUUUUGCAUAAGUGUAGCAGCUGAUAGACUGUAAAUUCUCUUCAGUCUCUAGAGACUGCUGGGAUAUGAUCUCCUUUUAAGAGCCCCUUGGCAGGGUUAAGUGAGAUAAGGAACAAAUCAUAGGCUCAAACUUCCAAUAAUGGAUUUGCAAACUGCACUCAUUUCCUUGUUCUGUAGACCCUGUCUUGUCCAAGAUUUCAAAUACCAUAAAAAGGAAGCAAUUGUGCUGCAAACAGCAGAUGGGCAAUUUAUGAAGCAGUUUUCCUCUCGUUAUGAACUUCACAGAGGGCCCUCUUGCUUUGGGUUGAUCUUUCUGGUGUGAAAGUCAGUCUGUCUUGCCUUUCCCUGGACUGAUGUGGCUGGACAGACCUCAUGCAAAUGAUGUAGCUUAAUAUAUGACACACUAAUUUGGGCUUCUUUCCAUCCUGAAAUCAUAGAUUUGUUUGUGGUGAAUCGUCUAAUAUAGUUAACCUUUUAAAGAAAUGAAUGAUGCUGUAGUCAAACUGUCUUGGUCUGUAGUUUGCCACCAUACAGCAGCAGCUUGCAUUUUCAACUUGACCUUCCUUUCUUCCCAGCAACUACAGUUGAGUAUUCAAAUGGUGGAGAGUAGAGAUAAAGAUUUAAUCAUUAUUUUAGUAGCUCAUUAGGUGAUCGGAAAUCAUAGCACUGGUGUAGAAUUGAAGAUAUGGAAUGUACUGGCAGCUUCUAGGGGCACUGAACGUAACAAGUGUCAAAUGUCUUCUCCACCUUCCAAUCUCUGCAUCAGUUACCUGAGAACAAAAAUAUGCCAGGCUGAUGAGUCCUGCUCUCCAAGGAGUUUUUAUUCGCAUGGCCUUAUUUACAUUGGCAUUUUCUCCUCAUCACCCCAUCGGUACCCCAUUCCUUACCCCACCCAAUCAAUUAAGGGAAAAAAGCAUGUGCUGUCAAUUACUAGCAUUCCAAAUCAUCACAGACUUUUGCCUGUUCUUCAACUAGUUUGAAACUGCACUGAAAGGAUGCAUUGUCUGUAAUUUUUUUGUAAAUGACAUAUCACCUGUAAACUGAAAAAAUAAAUACUACCUUCAAGUA